UCACGGCGGACAGUUAAGGAAUACCGGGAGGCAGAGAACAGACGGAGCUAAAGCCCGAAUUCAACCGAAUAAAAGUAAACCCGUUCCGGCUUCCCGCCGGGGAGCGGUGCGGCCGGGAGAGGAUGAGGAGGGAGGGGGACUGACCGGCGGGGAGCCUCGGCUUCAUUUCCAUCCUCUGAGGUGUGACGCCCCUCCACCCAUGGCUUUCUUCAGCUGACGUCGGGUUAAUUAAGUCACUCCUGACUGCAGCUAAUCACCAAAAACACUCCUGGAGGCUGAAUUAUUUAGCACCAUCAGACGGCGGAGAUCGGCUGCUGAGCCAUGAGCAGAUGGGGAGGAGGAAACGCCGGAGAGAGAGAGGAAGAGAGAGGGAGAAAGGGAAAGCGCGGAGGUGUCCGACGCCGCAGGCAGCCGUGAGUCAGCAGGGAGCGCAAAGAGCAGCGGGAGGGAGGAUCCAGAGAUUGCUUUAGCACAAGAAUAGGAGGAGAGGAGCGGCUCCAGCAUGGGGGAGAGCUACAUGUACCAGCGACUCCCCUACGCCCGAGCAGAGGGGGAGGGCGAGGACGAGGAGGAGAGGAGCAGAAGAAUCGGGGGACAAAUGAUGCAGAGUGAAGAGGGCACAGAGUGGCUGCUGGAGCUGCUGACUGAUGUUCAGCUGCAGCAGUACUUCCUGCGGAUCCGGGAUGAACUCAACGUCACGCGACUUUCCCACUUUGACUACGUCAAGAAUGAAGAUCUGGAAAAGAUCGGCAUGGGGCGGCCCGGUCAGAGGCGGCUUUGGGAGGCGGUGAAGAGAAGAAGAGCCCUUUAUAAACGCAAGUCCUGGAUGAGCAAGGUGUUUCCAGUGAAGCGGUCAGACACCGACCCCCAGCAGGGUGCAUCGUCGGUCCUACCUGCAGCCAGCAGCGAGCCUGGAGACUCGCUCACCUGCCUCAUCAAAGAGUCGGAGAUGCAACUGUUUGAGCGACUCGGGGACGGCACAUUUGGAGUCGUGCGGCGAGGAGAGUGGACCGCACCAAACGGCAGAGUGCUGUCCGUAGCAGUGAAGUGUCUGAAGGCCGGCGUGCUGGACUCAGAUGGUUUGGAUGACUUCAUCAGAGAGGUGAACGCCAUGCACUCACUGAGCCACCAGAACCUCAUCAGUCUCUACGGAGUCGUCCUAACGCAGCCCAUGAAGAUGGUGACUGAGUUGGCGCCUCUGGGAUCCCUGCUGGAUCGCCUCAGAAAGCGUCAGGGUCACAUCCUCAUCUCGAUUCUGUGUAACUACGCCGUACAGGUGGCGAGUGGAAUGGCCUACCUUGAGCAGAGGCGAUUCCUCCACAGAGACCUGGCCGCCCGCAACGUCCUGCUGUCCACCAAUGAAACGGUGAAGAUUGGAGACUUUGGCUUGAUGAGAGCGCUACCUACUCACACUGAUCAAUACAUCAUGGAGGAAGGCCACAAAAUCCCUUUUCCUUGGUGUGCUCCAGAGUCUCUGAAGUCUCGCACUUUCUCUCACGCGUCUGAUACCUGGAUGUUUGGAGUCACCCUGUGGGAGAUGUUCAGCCAUGGACAGGAGCCGUGGCUCGGGCUCAAUGGGAGCCAGAUUCUCCACAAGGUUGAUGUUGAGGCUGAGAGGCUGUGUAAACCUGACGACUGUCCUCAAGACAUCUACAACGUCAUGCUGCAGUGCUGGAGCCCCAAACCUGAUGACCGGCCCACCUUCAUCGCUCUCAGAGACUUUCUGCUCGAGACGUUGCCUACAGACAUGAGGGCCCUGCAGGACUUCGAGGAAGAAGAAAAACUCCAAAUUCAGAUGAACGACGUCAUUACAAUCAUAGAGGGAAGGGCGGAGCAUUACUGGUGGCGCGGGCAAAACCGGCGGACGCUGCGUGUCGGUCUGUUUCCUCGGCACGUCGUGACGUCCGUGGCCGGCUUGUCCGCCCAGGACAUCAGCCGGCCGCUGAAACACUCCUUCAUCCACACUGGACACGGAGACACGGACCCUCACAGGAGCUGGGGACACGCAGACCGCAUUGACAGUUUGUAUUUGGGGAACCCGAUGGACCCUCCAGAUAUCUUGGGAUUUGAUUCUGGAACUGCAAGACCAACCAAACUACCCAACCGUGCAAAGAAGAAGCCUCCUCCUCGUCCACCAAAGCCAGCUGUUCUGCUCAAAAAGCCGCUGUACGACUCCGUGAUGGACAACUACGAUGACGAGGACGACUUCAGCACAUCGUCUGGGCUGAAGAAGCUGGGCGCGUCUCUCGGUCUGAAGCUGCGGCCUUGGGAGGCCGGCGGCGGCGGCGGCGGCGUGCGAUCGGCCAAAAGCGAGGUGUCGCUCAUCGACUUCACGGACGACAGCUUCAGCUCGACCACGCCCUCGCCGCUCACAGAGACACACCAACCAGAUGAAGACACUCUGAAGGACACGCCGUCCAUCCUGGACUGGCCUCUGCCCCAGCCAGCCUACGACGAGGUCACUGCAGACUUUGACGACCAAUCAGAGGAUCAGGAGGUGCGCUCCAUCAACAAGGGGCCGCCUGAAGAAACGCUGGGCCCCCCUGUGUCCAGCAUGGCGGGAAGGAGCGAGUCGCAGUCUGCCGACCUUUUCCAGGAGCUGCAGAGAGAGGUGAUGGUCAAGCUCCAGGUUCCCAUGGCAACCGGUCGUUCCCUCCCGUCCUCCCCCACCCCGAUGCCUCUGGCUCCGUUCGGCGCCCACCGACAGAUCUACCUUCCUCCGCCCUCGCCCUCCUCCUCUUCCACCUCCAUCACUUCCUGCUUCGAGGACCGGCCCGUGCUGCCCCCCCGCAGCCCCUUGCCCCCUUUACGCCCCUCCAAGCAGAGCUACGCCACCCGCAGCUCCCAGCAGGGGGCGCGCUCCAGCUCCAUCUCCCUGGGAGACGAGGACAACGCUCCGCCUCAGAUCCCACCCAGAGAUCACGCUUUCUCCCAGCCGGGCUCCCGCUCCUCCUCCCCGCUCCCGCUGGCGCCGGCUCUGUCCUCCACGCUCGUGGUGCUGCCGCCGCCGCCGCUCUUGGUGUCCCCGCGGCGGGCGGCGGGGCUCCUCGGCCCCCUACUGUCCUCUGGCUCCUCCUCCGCCUCCAGGUCGGCGGCCUCGUCUUACUCCUCCACCGCGCUGCUGGAGCCGCUCGCCUUCAGAGAGGGGCGGGGCCUGUCCACCAUGAUGGACGGCCCUCAGAGCUCCACCCCCAACCCGCUGCCAGAGAGACCUGCCUUCCUGGAGCGAUACGGCUCAGCCAACAUGGCGGCAGUCAAACCCAUGAUGCAGCAGCAGCAACCAGGCGAAGCGAAACCAAACUCCUCCUACAACAACAACAACGGCGGGACCGCAGCUCCCAGCAUGCAACAGGAGCAGAGCAUCACACAGGUCCAAGGAGCCGUUCAUGGCGUUACGACGGAGGAAUGUAAAGCUGCUCUGCAGAGCCACAACUGGAGCGUUCCUCAGGCUGUUAAAUUCUUAAAGGUGGAGCAGCUGUUUCGUUUGGGUUUGAGGUCGAGAACUGAGUGUGAGGAGCUUCUGCAGUGCCACCGGUGGGACCUGGAACAGGCCAGCACCGUCAUGCUGGACGCAUUCGGACCGCACUGCAACAGGAAGUUGACCUGAGGGCCAAUCAGACGCUGACGGCUCCUGAUCCGGUGACACCGAGGCGCCCAGACGACUUGCCGCUCCAGAAGAUCACGGCCUUUAGACGUUCCCACAUUUGAUCACGUUACAACCACAAAGUUCAUGUAGGUGGACUGCUGGCUGACUGCUGAAGGCUAAUGGUUUCACUGGAUCUUAUUGAUUAGGUGUACAGCACCAGCAGAAAGUAUUCACACCCAUUUUGGGGUUUUUUCUACCAUUUGCUGUAGAUCGUAAUAUUCUGAUCAUUUUUCCAGUUGGAUUUAAGCCCAGGUUUGAUCCCAGAAGCUACUUCUUUACCUUUUGUUUUGACCUUCUGUUCAUUGUCUUGCCAUUAGUCACAAGUGCAGCCCUGUCUCUCUUACCUUAAGGUUGUGCUUGGACACAAUCCAGAUUUAGAGAAGUCCUAAAUCAAGUUCAGUCUGCAGAUGGACUCCAAUCAGGUUGCAGAAGCAUCUGAAGGAGGAUCAAUGAAAAUCAAAUUGACUACAGUUCAGUGUCACAGCAACCAGUUUGAUGCUUUAGUAGCUAUUAUGUUUAAAUUACUGCAGCCUCACUGGACAAAAUAACAGGAUGGAGAUAAUAUUGGUAAAACUUGAAAUUAUGAUGAUCAUUUUUAACAAAUACUUAUUUUCUUGGACACUGGGUCAGGAAACAAUAUGUGAACUUAUGAUCUAGUGUAUUUACCAAGAAAAUAUCACAUUUUAAGCAAAUCCUUUACAGUAAUGAUGAUAUUUUUCUUACUUAAAUGUGUUUGUUUUGCACAAAUGUGACAAUGACUUUACUUUGUCAUAAAAGCUGCAGUAUGUAACUUUAAUAAAAUACGUCUUUCAUAUAUUUAUUAAAACUGGUUGUGAACAUAACAACCAAUCAGAGCCAGGAGGAGGGAUUUACCGCUGUCAAUCAACUACUAAAUGUGUUAAUGGCAAAGAAACAGCUUACAGUGACAGAAAAACUGUUUGUCUGCUAUCAGUGGCUGUGCUAACAAGCCUGAGGGUGAUUGGCAGCGCUAAGACCCGCCUUCUUUCUCUGAUUGGUUGUUUCUAGUUAGCACUGCCUUUCUAAGAAAUAGGAAGCGUAGUUCAAUUUUUCAUACAUUAUUUGUCAUAGCAAACUGACAGUUUUAACAAAUAAUGUUUUUUUUUAUGGAAUAUUGCUGCUUUAGUGGCUUUUAAAAAUAAAUCUGCAACUAAGACAGUAGAAAAUACAAAGGGGUGUGAAUACUUUCCACUUUUAAACAAGGUAAUAAGUGAGAAACUCUGUCUAGACUUGAAGCUCACCGACGCUUUGUGAUGCACUGUAAGGCUCUACAUGCUCAUUCUCAUGACCGAGCAGCUUGCCGGGUUCUAGUUUCAGUCUGCAGAGUUUGUCGGUGGCUGCAGCAGAAUCCCUCCUGCUCUUUAGUGAUACCAUGUAAAUCCUGAGGCGAUUUAUUUAUGCUGAAAUGUACAGAUAAUGUAAAUAACCUGGUAUCAUGUGAGCUGCUGGUCAGGCUGAUGUAACUUAUUGCAUAUCUGGUCUUCUACAUUCAACGUUUGUUUCCUAUGAAGGUUCUGUUUAACUUUUAUUCUGCCUGUCAGAUUUUUUACUGCUUUUGUGCUCUGACAGCCACCUAUUGAUUAGUGGCUCACAAAGAAGGUCCUCUUUAGGUCCGUUAGUGGGAGAAAGGUGACUAAUUGUUGCCAUCUUGUUUUGUUUUCCUUCUUCUCAGACAGGUGAAUACAGGGUAUUAUUUACUGUAAUGCAGAUUUAAGACCUUCUCAAUGAAGAAUUAACUGUGUCCACAUGUUUUCAUUGAUCCUCUAUGCAUUGCGCAUGCGCCUGCCUAGUAAGCGAAUGGGAACUAUGUAUUAAACUGCUGCUGCUCAUGUCUGUGUGUGAGCAGAGGUGGGUAUUUAAUGCGAAGCUAACCGGAGAUGUACAGCAAAUCAUAUCAAUGCCAAACGGUUGUUGUUGCAGAAACACUGGACUUUAUGAAACCUUAUUUCAUUUGUUUUAUAUUAAUGUCUCAGAAGCAGCUUCAGAGAAAGCUCUUGUGCUAAACGGUUUGCAGAAGGCAUAUGAAAACAAAGCUUGUAAUGUAUGUUUUCUUUUUUUAUUAUUAUUAAAUUAAACAUCUCAUUAAAAACA